AUGAAGAAACAACUCUACUUCUACUACCCUCUUGCAGUACUUGUUUUGCUGCACCAUCUAAUGAUGCCUGGCUGCACAGCCAUGAAAAGAUUAAGUUUAGGCACUGAUCAAUCCGCUCUUUUAGCCCUGAAAGCCCAUAUCACUUCAGAACAGCAUGAAUUCUUGUCAAAAAACUGGUCUUCUAGAGCUGCCGCAUCCUCUGUCUGUGACUGGAUAGGAGUCCAGUGCAGCUCUCGACACCAAAGAGUGACUGCUUUAAAUAUUUCAAACAUGGGACUCACCGGCACAAUACCUCCCGAUUUGGGAAACCUCUCCUUUCUUGUUUCUCUUGAUUUGAGAAAUAACUACUUCCACGGCAAUCUGCCCGAAGAGUUGUCACACCUGCGCCGCCUGAGGUUCGUCAGGUUAACCUCUAACAGCUUCAUUGGAGAGAUUCCAAUGUGGUUUGAUCACUUCCCAGAACUCCAGUUCCUGUUUCUGGACAGCAAUGGUUUUAGUGGUUUUAUUCCUCCUCCUAUCUCUAACUUGUCAAAACUGGAAACCUUAAAUCUAAGAGACAAUUUCCUGGGAGGUAAUAUUCCAGAAAAGAUGGGAAAUCUUUCGGUCCUCAGAGAGCUGUAUCUAUCUGGGGAUGACUUAGUUGGUCAGAUACCAUUGAGUUUAUGCAAGUUUUCUCAUCUUCAGGUGCUAGACUUGUCUAACAACAGGUUAAGCGGGCACAUACCUAAAGAAAUUGGAAAUCUGGAGAAGCUCAAGGAGUUAUACCUCAUCACCAACAACUUAACAGGUGUAAUUCCCCGAGAGAUUGGCAAUCUGUACGAUUUAGAGCUUCUCGUACUGGGGAGUAACAACUUGACAGGUAAAUGUAUAGCUUCACCACUGCUUAUGGUCUAUUUACAAUCAUGCGACAAGCAAUAUUUGGUGUAA